UCAGACAAGGUGCAGCCGUCUGAAUGUCUCCCUCCCGUCCCGCCCCUUGUCGACCCACCCCACCGCUCCCCAAUCGAUCGCCGGCACAUCCUUGGUGAAGCCGUUGUCGAUCUCCCCCACCAGCCCCCACUUGGCCGCCUCGUCCAGAAUGGCCCGCUGCACCACCUCACGCAACUCCAUCUUGCGGCCACCCACACCGCCCACCACAAAGCACUGCAGCUGUGGCGUACGCACCACCUGGCCGCCCACAUCGGCCAUCCCGCCCACCACCUCCCUGUUGCUGCUGGCCUUAUACACCGCCAAGUGGACGAAGUGCUCCGCUGCCGCACACACACGCCGGACGAGGACACUGUGCCGCAUGCCGAUGGCCUCGGUGAUGGCCUCCUGGGCGGCAGCCAUGUCAAGGAGGUAUGACGCAAUGCGCCAGCCGAAGACGGGGGCCUCCUGCGGUCCACCGCGCAGCCGGGGGGUCAGGAGGGCUGACAGUGACCGAUGGGGGGCGAGGGCGGCGUUGACGGCCGAUAUGCUGGCCGGGCCCAUCUCCUUUAGCACCGUCGAGUACUCGUUCAGGACUGCCGGGAAGGACAACUCCCCCUCAAAGAGCAUGUAGCUGGUAAUGUCCGCCCCCGCCCGCAGCAGAAUACGAAUGGUCAGCUCGUAGUCAGGAAUCUUCCGGCGACACCACAGUUUUAUAUCAUGGAAAUCAUCAAUACAGUGCAGCUCGAAGUGGCGCUCAUCAAGCUCUGAGACAGCCGUCGAAAGAGCUGUGGAAUCGCCCCUUAUGCGUCUGUUGAUGUCGUCAGCAGUGGGCAGCUUGCGGCACAGAUAUUCGACCACAGGGGCAGAACCAUUGUGUGCCGCCCUGUUCAGUGGCGUCCAUUCACGGCAGUUCCACCCAGUGGAUGUCCCGUGGAUGUCGGCCCCGUGCUGUAUGACGAGGUCCAGGUAGCUGGCGAUGAAGGACCUCGAGUAGUGCUCCCGAUACCGGCUGGCUGCCAGAUGCACCAAGUUGCUGCCCUGCUCGUCUCAUUCGGUGGCGAGGGUGGGGUCGCGCUGGAGGAGGCGCUGGUACAUCGACAGCAGCACCGCCUCGUACGUUGCAGGGUGCGGACGACGCAGACGGGGCAGCAUCAUCACCAUGAAUCUGCGGAGGUCGAUGCCAUCUUGCGCCAUCAGCAAGUCGAAUGCCGUCAGAUUGCCCCCUCGGAUCGCCACCCAGAUGGGCGGGGGGACUUCGUCGUCAUGGCCUGUCGCGUUGAUGUCGGCACCUCCGUCGAUCCGUGCGGUGAGGACAGCCGACUGCAGCUCAUCAGAGGGCCACUGCGGCAGGGCGACGGGCCGGGCUUCACAAAAACGUUCUGGCCUGGACAGCGCGGAGGGGAUGGUACAGUCUGCAUUGUUAUCAAUUGCGAGGACGACGAGCGGAUAGCUGCACCCGGAACGACCAGUGUUGCCCUUCCUACGCAGCCGAGGAAUGACGCUCAGGUCAGCGCCCUGCUCGAUGAGGCGAGUCACUUGCUGUGGGCUGGUGACGGUGCGGUCGAUGAUGCCGAGGGUCAGCUCCCCCGUCAUAUCGUUGGUGCCGCGGGGAAACCGAGCCACGAUGUCAUCGGCGCUCAAGCGGCCAUCCGGCACAGUAGCUAGAGUAUCUAUCGCUGCAUCCAAACAUGACGUGGCCAGGCAACCCCACGACACAAGCAGUGAGUGAACCUGUACGCCCAUCUAUUCUCUCGCGUCUGUCUGUCUGUGUGGCCUACCUUCUUCCUCGUACUCGACCUCCUCAUAGCCCGUGAAGUCACCGUCUAUGGAGCUACGAUUGUCCUCACUGUCAUCCUGCGUGCCACCAGAGAGAUGCGGGCGUGAAUGUGAUGCGUUGUCGUAGUGAGUGAGCCUCACCGAUUCGCUCUCCUCCUCGUCACUCUCUUCGUCCUCGUCGUCCGCCUGCUCCUCCUCCAUCUCGUCCUCCUCCAUCUCGUCGGCGAUCCCACUGCCCUCCCCCUCGUGCAGCUGCUCACCUGCACCCACACACACACACACACACACACACAUCGACACACAUCGACACACAGCCUGAAUGAGUGUUCCUCUCGUGCUGUUUGCUCGGUGCUGACCGUCGGCCUCGUUGCCGCCCUGGUCUGGUUGCUCCAAUCCCUCGCCGUCCUUGAGGGGCCCCGCACCGCCCUCCUGGUGCUCCUCAGGUGCUGCUUCUCGACGCGUGGCCAU